GACGGAGCUGAGCACCGCCAGCCCCCACUGGGUCGGCGCCUGGUGGAUCGGCUUCCUGGGCUCCGGAGUGGCCGCUGUCCUCAUCGCCAUCCCCAUCCUCGCCUACCCCAGGCAGCUGCCAGGCUCCCAGCGCUACGUGGUCAUGCGGGCAGCAGAAACACACCGGCUGGGAGACGGCGGCCCCAAGGCCACCAGCAGCCCUGACUUCGGGAGGACCGUCAGGGACCUGCCCCUUUCCAUCUGGCUGCUGCUGAGGAACCCUGUGUUCGUCCUGCUGUGCCUGGCGGGGGCCACGGAGGCCACGCUCAUCACCGGCAUGUCCACGUUCGGGCCCAAGUUCUUUGAGGCCCAGUUCAGCCUGAGUGCCUCGGAGGCCGCCACCUUGUUCGGGUUCCUGGUGGUGCCGGCGGGCGGCGGCGGCACGUUCCUGGGUGGCUUCUUCGUGAACAGGUUCAGGCUGCGGGGCUCGGGCGUGGUCAGGCUCUGCCUGCUCUGCGCCCUCACCAGCCUGCUGGCCACCCUGGUCUUCCUCACGCACUGCCCCCACGCGCCCGUGGCGGGGCUGCCGGCCGCCCACGACGGCAGCCCGCUGCCCGGAGGCCGCCCGACGCCCGCCGCGGCCUGCAACGCCUCCUGCGGCUGCGGGCCCCAGCACUACAGCCCCGUGUGCGGCUCCGACGGCCUCACCUACUACUCCCCCUGCCACGCGGGCUGCCCCGCAGCCACCGAGCCGGGCCCCGACGGCCAGCAGGUGCACCGAGGCUGUAUCUGUGUCGCUCACAACCUGUCCUCGGGCCUGGGCCACGCGACCGCGGGGAAGUGCGCUGCGCCGUGCCGGGCCAGGCCCCUGCUGCUGGUGUUCGUGUUCGUUGUCAUUGUCUUCACCUUCCUCAGCAGCAUCCCCGCGCUGACCGCCACGCUACGGUGUGUCCAUGAGCGGCAGAGAUCCUUUGCGCUUGGAAUCCAGUGGAUCCUCGUUAGAACACUAGGGGGCAUCCCAGGGCCCAUCGCGUUCGGCUGGGUGAUGGACAAGGCGUGCCUGCUCUGGCAGGACCAGUGUGGCCAGCAGGGCUCCUGCUUUGUGUACCAGAACGCGGCCAUGAGCCGCUCCAUGCUUGGCGUGGGGCUCACGUACAAGGUGCUGGGCUUCAUCUUCUUCGCCAGUGCUUGCUACCUGUACAAGCCCCCCCCAGGGUCUCCGGAUGGCCCAGAGGCCUCCCUGCCCAGCCAGUCCUCGGCCUCCGACAGCCCCGCCGCCCCCGCCUCCGCCUCCGCGGUGCCCCAGGAGCUUCCGGACGCCGGCCACAGCACCCAGGACCCACGGGAGGCCCCACAUUGGAUUCUGAGGCCCACGGUUGCGAUGGAGACACAGUGAGGGGGUGCCUGGGCACGUGCCCGGCUCGGCGCAGAGCUGAAGGAGCCCAAGGCCCCCGGGACAGCAGGACGCUGGGUCGUCCCCCGCCCCCGGGGCUGGCAGCUCUGGAGGGGCCGUGUCGUGCCGGAGGCGUGCUCCCA